CUACCGUGCUUCAAAAAUGUUUCCGAGGCAUCCCUCUUGAGGAGCAUUUCUUUAAUAAGUCUAGCAUGCAUACCUUGUAUUAAACUAUUGGGCGUCCCCAUUACAUCUUGAGGCGGAAUUGCUAGUUUUUCAAAUUUCCGAGAAUAGAUUCACUUACUUCCAUGCAAGCUUCGUUAAAAAGGUUGAAAAACCAAAAACAAGCUUCUGAGCUGCGAUGGCAAUAAAAACUACCAAUCGCAGCAGCGGAAGAAAUGACCUUAUGACUGUACAUAUAUUAUGUGGGGUUGCCUUGCUUUCAGCUUUAUUCAUUUCUCAGAAUACGCUUGGACUGAAUAUCAUCAACCAACCUGUCAAGGCUAUUGGCUUCUUAUGGGCAGUAGAAGGCCCUGUUGUGAUUUUCGCGUACAGCCGAAUCCGGGCUAACCCACAAGUUUGUUCGGUAUGGUGGGCAAUUGGGCGAGGCCUUGUAAGCAUACCAGCAGGUGCUUUAGUGAAUGCAUUUGGAGCAAUUGUUUUUGGUGCACCUCUAGGUCUUGCGUAUGCUGCAAGGACUCUACACUGGUCGUUGUUAAUGUCUUUGUUCACUGUUGGACCAACAGCUACCGUUUUUGGUAUAUCAUGGCCAGAUUGGCAGCGCAUUUUUUCCCAUAUCAAACUUUUGGGAGGUAUUGAUUGUGCGCUCUGCUUUCCUGCAUAUGGAGCUGUUAUUGGUGCAUGGUUUGGGGCUUGGCCAAUGCCCCUUGAUUGGGAAAGGCCAUGGCAGGAAUGGCCAAUAUGUGUGACUUAUGGUAUGAUAGGUGGGUACUUAUUGGGUUUGAUGGCAUCGGGAGUUGCCAGUAUUCUGUAUUCGAGAUGGCUAAGUGGAAAGACUGAAUAAUUAUAUCAUUUUAUGUAUCCUUCAUGUUUCACAGUAAACAAGUUUUGGGUUGAUUCGACACAAGCUAAAACAAGAUUAAGUUCUUUUACUGUAAAAGUCGUUAGCAACAAGCGAAGAGGUCAUAGCUGUAAUAUAUUUUUAUUGAGGGAUGUUUAUAAUUGUUGUUUUGUUCCUUUCUAAACAAAAUCAGUGGUUUAUUAUUUAGAUUGAUGAAGGCUAGAUCCAGUAUAUUUAUCAUAUAUAUUUGUAUUGGAUUACGCAUUUUAAGAUUACAAAAUGUAAUCCUUUUAACAAUAUCAACACAAUAAAACAUUCUUAAGGAA